UCAUUUCCACCAAAUUGUUUUUGUUUCAUGUGGAGGUAAAAGUCCCGAUGCUCAGUUCAGGUGUGGUGAAGCCGGUUCAACAGGUUAGGAGCUAUAAUUAGCAAAUGAAACCAAAUAGUCACAUGAAUCUGGAGGCCAACCUUCAUUUCUCCAACACUUUGAGUGGUUUUACUUUACAGAGAGAAACAUAAAAACCUGUUGAACAUGUCGGUGACCAUGGAAAAAAAAAUAUCACACACUAACAUUCAUUUUACAGCCGGGGCGUCAGUGUGUUAACUUAGAUUAAAUACUCACAUGGCUUUAAGAAGUCAACAUUUAUAACAUGAUUAACUGCUAGUUUUACAUACACACGUUCCAGUACGUUUCUGGUACCGACGCACAAGCGGCUUCCGCUAGCUAGCAUGUGCUAACAGCCAUGCUAAUUGCGAUGGAAAGCUGUUCUUCACGUCCCACUGGGGGUUAAUUUCUGCUUCGAAACGAUCUGAUGGGACGCUGGAAAACACCGUUGUUGUGCUCAAGUUGUGCUAAAAGGAGUCAGCCUUCGGCGAAGCUAUCCGAAGCUAAAACAGCAUCUCAGGGCUAAACAUGCUACUGUCAGCGUCCACAUGUCUGAAGAAGCUGCUGAAACACUGGAAAGCUGAAUGGAUGGAGUAACAUUUUGCUCCCAUCUGAUGGUUGAAUAACCUAAAUAACAGAUAGCCUGUUGUCUCCGAGACGUGCGGUCAGCGCUGGAGUUGGACCCGGAGUGCCGGGAGGCCAGAGCCAUGCAGCAGCACCUGAAGGAGGCCAGCGAGGACAACAGGCAGCAGGCGGUGAUCAGGAUGCUGUCUGGCCACCUGCAGGAGGCGCUCUGCCUGAUCAACGUCGCCCUGGAGACCAAUCCGGGGAACGGACAGCUCUACCUGUUCAGCCAAACCAGGGUGACAAUCGGCUUGUCCCCCUCCAGAGGGACUCUGUACCGACGUCUGAAGGAGUUCAUCUCGGCCAUCGAGGAUCUGGUCCAGGCCGCUGAGCUCUGCGAGCCGAAGGAGGAGGAGGAGAGGAAGGAGAGCAGCUCCGUCCUGAAGGAGGUGCAGCUGCAGCUGGCUCUCACCUACAACGACUUCGCUGUCCAGUGCUUCGGCAGAGGCCUCUACGACGAGGCGCUCCUGCUUCUGAACAAGGCCGUCAAGGAGGACAGGCACCUGGGCGGCCUGUACCUGAACCGAGGAGGUGAGCUGGGACUGUCCGACUCGGGUCAGGUCCCCUGAAAACAUCCCGUCCUGAAGCAGCAGGGCGCUGUCGGCUACUGCAGCUAGUUGGCUGACUGGUGUCAAAUCAGGCGUCUCCUCUGGUGCCUAAAUCAUCUUUUUGCAGUUGAUUUGAUCCUUUUACCGCCUGUUCUUGCUGCCAAAACUUCCAACACUUUCAACAGGAACAUGACGUACACGUACAGGAAAUGACAUCUUCCUACUUCUGUUCUAAAAGAUUUAAAUCUGAAAGAGUCAAAACGUUCAA